UUGGGCUCCAAGUGAGCCCAUAAGAGCCUCGCUAGAACUCAAAGUCAUCCGGGCUCGUUCAAUCUCGGCCCGCUUAAAAGGGCCCGUUUAUUAGCGAAUGCCCUAAUUCCUUCGAUUUCCCCUCCAAUGGCGCGACGCUCGGCUAUGCAUCACUGUUUGCUGUCCUUCUGAAGAAGAGCUCGGCACGCACUCUUUGUCUGAUAUAUCCUCAUGGGGAUUAGCAAAAAUGAAGUAAAUUUGAGGAGGUUGCUUGCAUCCGCUCCUCAGCAGCAGAAUCAAGCAAAACUUGUACAUUAUAUCACCACAUUGCGGGAACAAUUAGAGCAACUUGGUCUAGAGGUUACGCCAGAGGGACUACCUAGCAUUUCAAAGGCAAAGUUGAAUGAAUACUCUGAGAAGAUAGAGGCGCUUGCUGCCAGAUUGGCAGCUCCAUUGGUAGAGCAUACAGAUGCUGUUGAUGAGAUCAAAGUUGAGGAAACAUCUUCUAAGACAGAGGAAGUUGGCUAUGGAAGCCCUCCUGGAUUACGGAGGAGGUUUACGGCUCAUGUGGAGUUGGAAGAAAAUACUCGUGAGGCUACUGAUAAGGAUUCUUCAAACCAAGUUAAGCUGGAUGCUGCAGCACAGGCGCAUAUUGAGAAACAUCGGAAGCUUCAAGAAGAUUUAACAGAUGAGAUGGUUGUGCUAGCACGGCAACUAAAGGAAAGCAGUCAUAUGAUGAACAAGUCCUUGCAAGACACUGAGAAGAUACUUGACUCCACCGAGAGAGCCGUCGAACAUAGCUUAGCAAGCACUGGACGUGUCAAUGUGCGCGCCAUGGAGGUUUAUUCAGAGAGUUUCAAGACGACGUGCUUUACAUGGCUCGUGAUCUUUGCUAUGAUUUGUAUAUUCGUCAUGGUUGUUCUACUCAUUCGUGUCACUUGACACUGCAACAGCCCCCUCGUCAUCAGUUUUUAACAUUACAUUGUUAAGGUUAUGGCACGGACAAUAUUACAGCAGAAUAGCAGGGCAUGGGUAUAUCUCCAGCUGGAUCAACCGGUGGAGCUGUACCAUUUUGUUUGAGAUUUUAUCUUAUAUAUUUUUUCUAAAUUUAGUCUAGAUUUACAUCA